AUCAGCCUAAAUGGCGCCACCUCGGAAGUGGCCGAAGCGCCAGAAGUUGCCGAAGCAGGUCCGGAAGCUGCCGAGCGAGUCCGGAAGUUGCCGAAACAGAGCAGCGGCUAAGGAGGAUGGCGGAUGUCAUCGCGAGCCUCCGGGAGGACGGGAUCCAAAAGCGUGUGAUACAGGAGGGUCGAGGAGAGCUGCCUGACUUCAAGGAUGGAACCAAGGCCACGUUCCACUACCGGACUCUGCGCAGCGACGAGGCGGGUGUUGUGCUGGAUGACAGCCGCGUGCACGGCAAGCCCAUGGAGCUCAUCGUCGGCAAGAAGUUCAAGCUGCCCGUGUGGGAGACCAUCGUGAGCACCAUGCGUGAGGGGGAGAUCGCCCAGUUCCACUGCGAUGUCAAGCAUGUGGUCCUGUAUCCGCUUGUGGCCAAGAGUUUGCGCAACAUCGCAGCCGGCAAGGACCCCCUGGAGGGCCAGCGGCACUGCUGCGGCAUCGCCCAGAUGCACGAGCACACGUCCCUGGGCCACGCCGACCUGGACGCCCUGCAGCAGAACCCCCAGCCUCUCAUCUUUGACAUUGAGAUGCUCAAGGUGGAGAGCCCUGGCACGUACCAGCAGGACCCGUGGGCGAUGACGGAUGAGGAGAAGGCGAAGGCGGUGCCCGUCAUCCACCAGGAGGGCAACCGGCUGUACCGCGAGGGCCUCGUGAAGGAGGCCGCCGCCAAGUACUACGACGCCAUCGCCUGCCUCAAGAACCUGCAGAUGAAGGAACAGCCUGGGUCCCCGGACUGGAUCCAGCUGGACCAGCAGAUCACACCGCUGCUGCUCAACUACUGCCAGUGCAAGCUGGUGGCCCAGGAGUACUACGAAGUUCUGGACCACUGCUCUUCCAUCCUCAACAAGUAUGAUGACAACGUCAAGGCCUACUUCAAGCGGGGCAAGGCACACGCCGCCGUGUGGAACACCCAGGAGGCCCAGGCUGACUUUGCCAAGGUGCUGGAGCUGGACCCCAGCCUGGCGCACACCGUGAGCCGGGAGCUCCGGGCCCUGGAGACACGGAUCCGGCAGAAGGACGAGGAGGACAAGGCCCGCUUCCGGGGCAUCUUCUCCCACUGACAGGUCCGGCCUACCCCGCCCAGCUCGCUGCCGCCGCCGCCAGCCUGCCCGCCCCACUACAUCAUGCUUCUCUGUACAUAAAGGCCUUAUUUAUCUGUCUGUGGGCCUGCGGAGCUAAUCCACUGGGGGAGCCAGCACCAUCACCUCACAUUUCCUGGUCCUGGGGUGGUCCCAGCCCCAGCACCCCGUUCACCGGCCCUGAGACCUCUGUGGGUCUCAGUGUCCCUGGCAGAGAAACGAGGAUGACCUCCACCACAAAAGCCUUCUGGCUGGCCAGGGCCGCAGUGCCCAGGGGCCUUCAGUUUUAAGGGAGCGGCAGAGUCGAGCUUUACUGAGAUGCCCUCCCUCCGCCCUCCAGCCUGAUCCAGGGGCCCCUGGUCUCCGCUCCUGGGGGCAGAGGUUGCUGGGAGAAGCCGAGUCUGGGCUGGCUCCAGAAAAAGGCCUUGCUCGGGGAGCAGGGAGGGCAGAGCCCUCCACGAGGCCCAGGGGCCCCCCCUGGCCCUGCUUCUGAUGUGCUGUAUGGUCCCGGGCACACCCUGGCCCCCCUCCACCCAUCGGUGUCCCCAUGGAACUGGGACCCGCGGGCUCGGCUGCCCCACGAGACCAGGCCAGCGGGCGGUCAGGUGAGAAGCCGGUGGUGUUUAUUUCCGUGGUUCACACGCUGGAGAAGCCUCUGGGUCCUUGUCCAUCCCUGCCCCCUCCUUGCUGCCCCCUGGGCUGGUCCCCCCACAUGAAAGGGAAGUAACGCUGAGGGGCAGACAGAGAUGCAGGGUGUGGAGCUGGGGGGCCGGGGGUCUGGGCCCCCAGGUUCCUGCACAUGGCCACUCGGGCCCCUGAACGUGAGAAUAAAUAACCGGGGUCCAGCCACAGCGCGGGCCUCACUCUCCGCA